AUGCUAAGAGCAUUGUUUGGCUAUGAAAAACACUUUCAGAUGGUUGAUGAUGUAUAUAAAGUGGGGACUGCAGGCGAAGAGAAGCUAUCAAGGCUUAUAACAUACCUGAAGUCAAAAACAUCUACUAUACCGAGCACUCUUGACUAUCUAAAAGCAAGGGCCAGGGAGGAGGUGCAAGGCACACACAGACUUAAGACCGGGUCAAAAGUUCUGAGGCUGAUUAUUGAUCAGCUGAGGGGGGUGUCUAUUUGUUAUGAGUCUCGGAUAAUAAGGAUAUUUGCUGGAGUGAUCCAAGAGAUCCUCCAACUGAAGAAGAAUGGAGAUUUUGAGUACUCUGAUCACCAGGAAUUUCUAGAUGUUUUUAUACACUUCUUCAAAACAGUGCCGAUUAGAGCAUAUGAAAGUGAAAGAUACAUCCGGAGGAUUCUUUUUAUUGCAACAAAAGCAGCCAAAGGAUUUGAUACUAUUGAGUGCGAUAUGGAUGAUGAUAACGGCGAGGAAUAUGUUGAAAAGAAGACAUACGAGGGGGCCAUCACCUCUUCUGACGAAGCAAGCAGUCAAUGUAGCUUUAAGGGGAAUGGAUAUGAGGAGAAAGGAGAAAUAUCCAAUGCUAAGUUUGAGUAUUUCUUCUUAGAGGUUAUACACACACUCAUGGAGGUGGAGGACAUUCUUCGGAUCUAUUAUGACGAAAAGUACAGGUGGCUUGUAGGGUCUCUCAUGAAGCAUGGAGAAGUGAAUAGUGCAAAGAGAAUAGAGAUAUUCAGGCUUGUGGCAGGCAAAGCAAACAUUAUCAGUGGAAAUAGCUUUAUCUACUAUGUGUUGAAGCAUGCAAGCCAGAUAGGGAAAUCCUGUGUGGGAAUUCUUACAGAAUAUCUUGAGUCCAGCCUCUAUCCUCAGAUAAUUCUCCAGGUGAACAUGAACAUCCUGGAAAGGGGAAGAAGGCUAUGUAGCAAGGGAAAGCCUGAGAAUAACAGCGUUAUCAAGGAAUGUGAAUUUCUUGUAGGAGAAGCCACAGAAGUUUUAAAAGAGUAUGAGGUGAUGCAUUUGAACCAGAAGGAAAUAGUCCUAAGCUUUUUCAGUAUCUUUGAAAUGUUUUUCUCUCAAGAGUGCGACGAGUUUUUGUUUAUAAUUUCAUAUGUAAGAGAGUAUUUUGAGAAAUGCAAGCCUAUAUCCGAUAUAUUCUAUAGGUUCCUCAAAAAGAUUUUUCAGGAGAGGGAGUCUGGUAAAUAUACAGGAAAUCUUAAAACCGUAGUGUUUGGUGAGAUCCAGAGGUAUUUUGUUGUUCAUUCGAGCUGUGUACCCAAUACAAGAUUCAUGACUCUCCUCUUAAAUUCCGCAGUGGGAGAAUCUACACCCUUUUGCUGUAAGAUACUGUAUUUAGCAAAGGACUACUUCAUGGCUCGAACUCUGAAACCUUUUGUGAAAGAAAGGGUGAUGAGGAGGCUUCGGAUACUCUUUCAUGAAACAGGGAACAAGGACAUACUAUACCUUCUGGUGGACCUUGUCGGGCAUGACAUUUCUAGGGACGACCAUUACAAAACUCUGUGUGCUCUGAAUACUAGGAAGGUUUUAAAUGAGCAACUGAUUCGAGAGAUAUACAAAGGCCGGUAUUCCGGUGUUUCUGAAGCCUUAUCUUCUGAGUUUGGAUGUGAAACGUUGGAGCCUUACGACUUAAACUUAGACAAAGAGGUUUAUGAAGUAGAGACUGUAGACCGGAAAAGAUGCGAUGAUGAGGUUUGUGGGGAAAGGUCUAGAAGAUGUACUCGGAUAACCUUGAUUGAUUACGAAAAACAUUUUAGGUGA